ACCGGCGGGCAGCCGUUGCCCGGGCAACUGAGGGAGAAGCCGCGGCCUUCCUCCGCGCUCGGCCCCUGGCGGCGGAGGUCGCCGUCCCUCGGUACCGGCGGUGAGCGGGCGGAGGGACGGGGCGGACGGACCGGCGGUGAGCGGGCGGACGGACCGGGAGAGCCAGUGAUCCCGCCCGGGGACAGGACGGGAUGGGCCCGAGCCCCGGCCUCCUGUUGGGGCCGACGGCGGUGGGGAAGACGCUGCUGCUCAAGGCGCUGCACAAGAUGAGUUUGAAAGAAGGCGCUGGUGAACUCGACGAGGCCCCACCUACACUCCCCACGGUGGGAACUAACUUAACUGAUAUCACAGUUAAUAAGAGGAAAGUUACCAUUCGAGAACUGGGAGGCUGCAUGGGGCCCAUCUGGCCAAGUUACUACGGAGACUCUGAAGCUGUGAUAUUUGUGAUCGACGCUUCCAAUCCCACCCAGGUUUCCUCCUCAUGUAUUCAGCUACUCGACGUUCUCACGGCAGAACAACUGCAGGAAACUCCAGUCCUAAUUCUCUUCAACAAAGUUGAUCUACCCUGCCACAUGUCCCUGAUAGAAAUGAAAAGUCUGUUCAGGAUGGAUGACAUAUUGGCCUGUGCCAAGCAGACAAUCAGUGUGCUGGAGGUGAGUGCACGGACUGGCAGAGGGUUGGACCAGGUCUUGAAAUGGCUUCACUCCCACCUCAAGGGGAAACACUUGCCCUGAAGACAGUGAACACUGCACCUUUCUCCACAGGAUUCAUUGAAAUAUCCCAAAACCUGUAUCCGACAGCUACACGCAGUGGCAAAAUCCUGCGCAGUUUGAAUUACAUUCAACCUUGAGGGACAAAAAGUUGGACUUAAAAGUGCAUUUUAUAUCGAGGCAUUUCCAGCUUACAAAAACAGAAUGGAAGCAUUAAUCACACCUGCCACACUAGAUCUGCAUGAUUCCAGUUACAGCUUGGGCUUAAUAACUUGUACAUUAGGAAAUUCUGUAUUUGUUAACUUACUUAAAACUUGCUAUGUAAUAUUAAUCUCUUAUAUUUCAAAAUAUUUGAUACAAUAAGAAAAAAGUAUGGCUUUGUUUACAUUCAUAGUGUCAUCUAUAGAUUUGUGGUGUGAGCAUGUUACCCGUUACCUCAAAACAGGAAUCUCAUUUUACUGCAGUCACUGUGACUUUGCAGUGUAGUUACAGAGCUCAGUAUUUUCUCCUCAACUAGCAGUAUUUGUUCCCUCCUUCACAUUUAUGACCUCCAUCGACUGCUGCUGGAAGAUAAUGACAUGUACCAAUUGUAUUUACUGCUACACAUCAUCAAUAAAGUAUAUAUUUUGAAAUAAAGAUAGCUGUUGGAAAAAUCAGUAACUCGAUGAAAGAUGCACUUUGAUUUGCCCGAAACUUGGUUUUCUAGUGUAAGUACGUCCACAAGCCAAUGACUGAAGUAGGUGCUGAGGAACGCACUGAAGUUCAACGCAGCUACUGCAAAGGCUCUGUGGGGAAGGAUUGUAGUCACUGGAUGUUGAGGGACUGGGCCCCGUGUAACAGCCUCUCAGACGUUUCAUGGGUGCAUUGUUUGAGGAAAUGUGAGUGGCAUUGACACAUUGUAAGGGAAUGUAUUCAAUCAAUGGUACAAGCAGCAUAGGGAAAGUGCCAUUUGUAUUUACUGUAUAUAAUGAAUAAAGUGUUUUUCAAAAAAAGUUGAAUGUCCUGUAGACCCUGCAUAAUAGAGGACUCUGUGCCCCUUGGGCUAUUCCUGGGUACACAUACCGAGACUAACAUCAACUACUGCUGGAAAUCAACUCAGUGAAAGAUGCACUUUGGUCUGCCUGAAACUUGGUCUUCCUCUGUAAGAUGUCAGCAACUGAAUGCUGCUGAGUGGCAGAAUCUGGUUUAUUAUCACUGACAUACGUCAUGAAAUUUUGCUGCAUUUUGGACACUACAGGAGUACAUGCUGAGGCUUGGUGCAGCCACCACAAAGGCACCAUGGUGAAGGACAACAGUCUAGGAUGUUGCUGCCACUGGAUACCAGGUGGUUGAACCCAAUGCAACAGCCUCUCUAUAGCAUCACAGGUGCCAGAGAAAGACCCAAAUUGUUCCAUUUGUAUAUGAAUAAAGUAUAUCGGGGGGGGAAAAGAACAGAACUCAGGCUACCUAAACUGCUCAUUGAUGAAUGGUAGAGUGAAAAAUCAAGAUUAAAACAUGAACUACCAACACCAGAUACUUAUCCCAAAGCAAUCAAAUCAGUCAGUAACUACUCUCAUAUUAGCUGCAAACAGGACUGGUAAAUGGGUACAAUAUUCAAGUAUAUGCAAGUUUAACUCAAGCAAAGGAAUUUUUGCCAGCCUUUUGCUUCCUUCAGAGACAGAAGACGCUGGGGGAACUCAGCUCAGGCAGCAUCGAUGGAGGGAAAUGGACAGCCCAAAUGGAGGGUCUUGACCCAAAACGUUGACUAUCCACUUCCCUCCAUCGAUGCUGCC